AAUGUCCACUUUAUUUUUUCUUAAGGCGAGACACUGCAGGUAAAUAGGGUAAAAACAUUUUUAUUAAUAGUUAUCACCUUACUUAUGUCACAGAGUCACAACCAUCACAGACUAAUUGCCACCCAUCGUCACCAGAUCGACACGCUCCACUCACUCGGUCACUUUCCCCAGAGUUCUGAUUCAAGGCACCUGCACCUCAUCAGCACAGGCACUAUAAGGAACCACCUCUCCUGCAAACCCUUGUCUGGUCUCGUCUAUACGUACUCUACAGACUCUUUACCCGAUACUUACCAUUGCCUUGGAACUCUUCCAAUCUUCUGUCAUCCAGGAUCAAUCAUCUACCCAUUGUCUGCAUCGUGUCCACUAAUCAUCAAAGGAGAGACUUUCCCUCUGCCAUCAGCCAAGUCUGCAUUGGAUCCUUCAGUCUUUUCCUACUCCCUCCCGUGCCUCUGCUUAAUAAACUGUAUUUCUGAUACUCACCUGUCUGCCUCCUUCUGUUGUGUGACAGAAGACCAGACCGUAAAGAUGCAGAGCUCCAUGGAGACUUCCGCUGAUCGACCAUCCGAUCCUUUCGCUGAACUGGUCAACGCGGUUCGUCUGUCUCUCCAGCCCUCAACACCUGCUACACGAUCAGACAUUCCUGCUGACCUCGUUCACGCAGCACGUCAAUCACUCCUGCUUACUGCACCCGCGACCUCCCCUGCUGCCUCCGCCAGUCCCAUGGCUCGACCCGCGACAUUUACCGGUGAGGGUGAGGAUUGCAGCGGGUUCAUCUUGCAGGUAUCACUCUAUUUUGAAAUGCAGUCUCACCAGUUCACCAACGAUCGCGCCCGAGUGGCGUUUAUCAUCUCUCUACUGUCUGGUCGCGCUCUGCAGUGGGCUCAAUCCCUAUGGCAAGCUAACGCUUCCAUAACCACCUCACUUUCAGCCUUCAUCGCUCACUUUAAGGAGGUUUUUGGCCAAACCGCCUCAGAGCUUUCAGUGCACGAUCAACUGUUUAAUCUACGCCAGGGCAGUAGUUCCGUCAGUGUCUACGCUCUCCAGUUUCGCACCCUGGCGGCUGCUAGUGGCUGGAAUGAGACUGCAUUACUCACCGCAUUCCGGCAGGGCCUAAACGCCGAUGUAAGACAGCUAAUGGUGAUCUAUGAUGAUUCUAUGGGACUAGAGAACUUCAUUCAAAAGACCAUCCGAGUGUCUCAACGUCUCACAGCAUGCACCCUCUCUGAACCCGCUUUGCUUCCUCCACCCGCCGUAUCAUCAGUCGCCCUUCCACACCUGAACCUAUGCAAGUAGACUCCUACCAUCUGACACAAGUGGAACGUCAAAGGAGAAUUCUUCAUCGCCUAUGCCUGUACUGUGGAGGAGAAGGCCAUGUCAUCACAACCUGCCCAGCUCGACCACCUGCCCAGCGGUGAGUUCUGUUCAACUUCCACCUCAAAUAGCUCCUUUAGUUCGAACAACUGUACAGAUCUUAACUCCACAAAUCUGUGUUUCAGCGCAAGCCCUCAUCGACUCAGGUUCAGCGGGGAACUUCAUCUCCCCCCAAAUUCUCCAGAAACUAAAUGUCCACAGAAAACGCUGCUCCCAGGACUUGAGAAUUCACACCAUCCAAGGAAAGCCGCUGGGCCGUGGUCAUAUCAAACACCUCUCGUCCACACUGAAGCUCCGCAUAGGAUGCCUACACACUGAGGAGAUCGUGUUCAUGGUGCUGGAGGGGUCCACCACGGAUGUCAUCCUGGGACGCCCGUGGAUGUCACAACACAAUCCUCGUAUCAACUGGAACACCGGUGAAAUCCUGCUAUGGAGUGAGUCUAGCUUCCACAAAUGCCUGUCAUCUGUCCAAAGAUCACCCCUGUGUCGUUCUCGACCCUCCAAAUUGAAACCUCCCA